CAAAAGGGAAGUUGAAAGAAGUGGGAGAGGGAGACAGCGGAGCUUCAUGAAAUCUUAACGCUACUGUGUCUGACUGGAUACCUUGUGGACAGACCUUUAAGCAUUAAAGAUAUUGUUCCGGAAACGCUUCAUUUUUUACCAGGCUGCUUCUUUUAGGUUUUUUCCAGUUUUCUGCUGCAUUCGGGGGACGCCGCUGCACACGGUGACAUGGCCAGUAGAGGCGGAGCCACGCGACCCAACGGCCCGAACGCCGGCAACAAGAUCUGCCAGUUCAAACUCGUGCUUUUAGGAGAGUCGGCGGUGGGGAAGUCCAGUCUGGUGCUUCGGUUCGUCAAGGGUCAGUUCCACGAGUUCCAGGAGAGCACGAUCGGAGCUGCCUUCCUGACUCAGACGGUAUGUUUGGACGACACGACGGUCAAAUUUGAGAUCUGGGACACGGCCGGUCAGGAGCGCUACCACAGCCUGGCUCCCAUGUACUACAGAGGAGCGCAGGCGGCCAUCGUGGUCUACGACAUAACCAACGAGGAGUCGUUUGUUCGGGCGAAGAACUGGGUCAAAGAGCUUCAGAGACAAGCCAGUCCAAACAUCGUAAUAGCUCUGGCUGGAAACAAGGCUGAUCUCACAAACAAGAGAGCUCUGGACUUCCAGGACGCGCAGUCGUACGCAGACGACAACAGUUUGCUCUUCAUGGAGACUUCAGCAAAGACCUCCAUGAACGUCAACGAGAUCUUCAUGGCCAUCGCCAAGAAGCUUCCUAAGAACGAGCCUCAGGCGGCCGGGAGCAGCGGCGGGCGGAACCGGGGAGUGGACCUGACGGAGACGGCUCAGCCCAGCAGCCGCCCCUGCUGCAGUAACUAACCCAGCUCUUCCUCUUCACUCCUCCUCCUCCUCUCAACCCAACACCUGGACAUGGGGUUCUGUGGUCUCCAGACCUCAGAGCCGCUCUCGGCCCUCUCACCUCCCUGGAAUAGCGAACAGACUCUGUAUAGCUGCAUUUCUAAUAACUUUGGUUUUUGUUGUUGUUUGUUUUUUUGGGGUUUUUUUUUUAACUUUUUUAAAGAAUUUACGUCAGUAUAACAGAUGCAUGUAUCACUACAACACCUUUUAGCUUCUGUUCAGUUUGAAGACUAACCCUGUUUCAGGACGAGCAGAGAGACACCCAAGGACCGGACCGAUCUGGUCCAGACCCAGGACUCUGCCCGCCUCACUGCCUCUGCCUCGCUUCUCUGCGAGAAAACAUCCAGGUUUGAUGGAGAAUCAGGACCGGGACGAGUCUCUGCCUCGAGUGGAGGGUUAAGAACCUGGUCAGGAACCUGGGAGUCUGGAUCUGAAGCGAUGCAGGAGGGAGCAGAUGUUGCUCCGGUCCUUCGUGGUGAAGAAAGAGCCGAGUGGAAACUUAACACUCUGCAUUUCCUGGUCCAACUACGUCCCAACCCUCACCUGUGAGGAGGUCUGGAUCAUGACUGGUCCUGAGAUCCCUGAUCUGGACCGGUUUCUUCUUCAUCCCGACCAGGACCAGCAGCAGACGAGACGGUUUUGUUUUGUUUAGAAGUCCUUAAAAACCUAAAAUCUUUAAUUCUCUGGUGAUUCAGGUGAUCCGACGACCUGAGUCCAGUCCUUCCACUCAAACGAGACCCAAAUCCAGGUGCAGUUCUGCUGAGUUCUGUCCAUGACUAAUACAGGAAAAGUUUUACGUUUUGUUAUUUUUUCCAUCGUCCCGCCUCAGAGCGACUCCCGUCAGCUCGACCCGGGUCUUCAGGUCUCUGAGGGUUUACCUGAAUCUGCGUUGGACAGUUCUUCAGGUCCAGACUCGUCUCUGAGGACAAGUUCUGGACGGAGACGAUAAACGAUUUGAGAAAAGAGAAGCCAAAACCUUCAGAGGAGGAGAAUCUGUACGGUUCGUAUUUUGGUUUUUCCCUUUCAAAAUAAAACGAGAAAAAAAUAACAAAUAUUUUUUAGUUCUUUUGUUUUAAAACUAAUUAAGAAAAACAACAAUUUCACAAAUGAAAUACCACAUUUUUUAAAUUUUUGUGUUUAAAGCAAAGAUAAAAGUUAUAUUUAAUGCUCACCACGGAUAUGUUUCUUAUUUAGAGCGAGAAAACGCGUCUCAGAGCUGAGCUAGUUAAAAAUCGU